GGGCAUUGUGAUUUUCUCCUGCUCACACGUCAUUUUCCAAUGUUUAUUCGUUGAUGAAUUUUGUACGUCCAAGUCGGCCGUGUUAAUGAAUUUGGUAAUCGGCUGGGCCAAUCGUAUUAAGAUAAUCGUUAUUUUUGCGUAAUAUUGUUAAUGCAUUUUGUGCAUAUUUAUUAAUAAUAGCUAUUAUAAUAAUAUCACAUUUCAAUUUCAAAAGUCUUUUGAGCAAUUGAUUUCAAAAUGAACAAUUCAAUGGAUCCACGUCGCCCUGAUAGAGAAAUUCGUUAUAGGCCUUCGGUUGUUAAUAACCAGGUUCAGUCUGGCGACGAUGCGACACCCGACUACAUGAAUAUCCUUGGCAUGAUUUUUAGUAUGUGUGGUUUAAUGAUGCGGUUAAAGUGGUGCGCUUGGGUAGCGCUGUAUUGUUCUUGCAUCAGUUUCGCUAAUUCAAGAGUUAGUGACGAUACUAAGCAAAUUUUAAGUAGUUUUAUGUUGUCGAUAUCGGCAGUGGUUAUGUCGUAUCUACAAAAUCCACAGCCAAUGACGCCACCCUGGGCAAAUGCAAUGCAGUGAAAUAUUAUGUACAAAUUUUAUAUUUAAAAAACAAUUUACAGUAAGACUUUUGUAA